AACCAAAUACAAGAAAGAAAUGAGUGUUUGAUUAAAACUUGUUUGCUUUUGUUUUUCAUCCCCUCAACAAACAAACAAGCAAACAGGUUUUAGCUUCAGGUCUUAUAGAAAUCCAUCAAAACCAGAUUUCAAACAAACAAAACCCUUUUCAGAUUUUUUUGUAUUUCGACUAACCAAGAAUAUUUCCAAAAAAAAAAAAACAAUUUUUUUAAUAAUAAUUUAAUAAUACCGACCGAAUCAUUAUUCUUAAUUUUGAUUAAAAAUUGAAAAAAAAAUGGUGAGUGCAAAUAGGGAGAUGGUGGUGUAUUGUUUUGAUACAUUGGUGGCUCAUUACAAUGGUGAACAGCCUCCUCCCCCUGCUUUUGAUGAGGGUCAACACCCAUUGUUUGUGACUUGGAAGAAAGUGGUGAACGGUUAUGAACCUCGAUUACGUGGCUGCAUAGGGACUCUUUCACCUCGUGGAAUAGUUACUGGUUUCAAGGAUUAUGCUUUAACUAGUGCUUUAAGGGAUCAUCGGUUCCCUCCAAUACAGGCCAAAGAGUUGCCGCUCUUGCAAUGUACAGUUUCGAUUCUUACUAAUUAUGAAAAUGCUGCUAACCAUCUUGAUUGGGAGGUGGGAAAGCAUGGUAUAAUUAUUGAGUUCACUGACCCUGACUAUAAUACAAAGCGAAGUGCUACAUACUUGCCUGAUGUCGCGUCUCAAGAAGGUUGGACGACCAUUGAAGCAAUAGACUCUUUAAUGAGGAAGGCCGGUUACAAUGGCACCAUUACUGACUCAGUAAGGAAUCGUAUUCGUCUCACUCGUUACCAGAGCACAUUGUUCACUAUGCACUACAAUGACUACGUUAACUAUGUGAAAACAACAAGGGGUGAGGCCCCGUCUGUUGUGGGACUCAAAGCCCAUUAACAUCUUCAGAAUUUACCAGUAAUUGUGUUUCCUAAACUUGGUUAUUUGAAAGAAGUUAGGUUUCUGGUUGGGAUGUCUCAAUUUGUAUUCCCACUCAUCCAUUUAUGCUUAAGUUGCCAUGACGUUGUAGUCUUAAAUUGUUUCUCAUUUUGAUUGAAAAGCCUGACAUUUUAUGUUUGCAAUA